ACAUGUACAAUAUCCACAAACACAUGAUUCAAGCGUUUUUGUUUCCAUAAAAGCAUUGUCAUCACCAUGACUGAAACAUAACUAUUUUUGAAUAAUAAGCAAUUCUUGGGCAAGAACAAGUAUAUUUUCAUGUAUUUGGGAAGGAUCCAAAAAACCAUUUAGUUGGAGUGGUAACAAUAGAAGAAUAGGAGAACUCAUUCUUUACCAAGCAAGUAGUUAAAUGAGAGGGAUAAAAAUAGAAAUUUGGGUUGGAUAAAAUUCCCCUAUAAAUGAGAGUGUACUCUAAAAUUCAUUGCAUUUCUCUCCAGAAAGAAAAAAAAAUUUACUUGAUGAAAGUAUAUAAUUUUCAACAAUUCUAUUGUUACUACCACAUUCAUGUAAUUCAAAAUUUUUCACAUUAUCUUUGUUUUCCAGCUCAGUUUUGGCCCUUUUGAUCCCAUCCUGAGUGAUAAAACCCAGUUUCCUUCUCUCUAUCAAAUGGCCCCCAGGGACUCCUCCAUGCCCCGAGGCAUAGUCCAGUUACUGGUCCAUUUUAAAUGGACCUGGGUAGGUCUGGUAAUCACAGAUGAUCUCAGGGGUGAGGAAUUCCUUCGGGCAGUGACAGGGGAGAUGGCAAAGCGUGAUGUCUGUGCGGCCUUCACGGAGAAGGUCCCCGUCAGUGAGAGACGACAUGAGGAAUCAGAGAUGAAUUUCAUGUCCAGGAUAAUGGAAUCUCCAUCCAGGAUAGUUGUGAUUCAUGGUGACACAGAUUCAUUAAUGAUUUUGAGACAUUCACAAGUUCCCUAUUUCCCAACAUUAAAAGUGUGGAUCGCUACUUCUCAUUGGGACAUCACCAUGAGACCUCACUCUUUUGAUAGUUACAAUUUCCACGGAGCUCUUACAUUUAAAUAUCAGACCAGUGAAGUUCCUGGUUUUAAGUCUUUUCUCAGGUCAAUCAACCCUAAUAAAGACCCAGAGGACAUUGUGCUUAAGGAUUUCUGGUUGUCAGCUUUCUGGUGCAAGAAAAAAUAUAACAAUCUGGAAGAAGAAAAUUGUGUACCAAAUGCUACCUUGGAGGCUUUGCCUAUAUUCCUUUUUGACAUGACUAUAUCUGGCUUGAGUUAUACCAUCUACAAUGCUGUAUAUGCUGUGGCUUGGGCCCUUCAUAAGAAGCUUUUGAUGAAAUCAGAGUUUGUAUCUGAGAAAGCUGGAGAAAAUUGGGUGCCUCAUCCUUGGCAGGUAACGGUCCCUUGGAAAUUGGUCCUAUCCAUUGCUGAUUCUUGAAAUUUUGAAUGACACUUACAGUAGGGUCUCACAAAAUCUUCAGAUUUCACAAUCAAUCUAAACAGAGUAGCAUACAUUGGAGCCCUCAAAAAACUCAUAUUCUGGAAACUACAUCAGUUUUGAUUGCUAUGGUUUUUUUUUUUUUUUUAGCUUUAUGAGACUGUUUUAGACACAAUGUUAACAUAUAGUAAGCUUUAGUCAACUAAAACUCUGGA